UCCGGUCACCAAGCUCAGUCGCGGUCUGCACUUCAUCAUGUCCAAACGUUCCGUAUAAAACAAAACAACAUGCUCAUUUAUACAUAGCAAUCGACGAUAUAGUGUUUUUAUUAAGUUUAAAUAAAGUGUUUUUAGAUAUAACAUUUUACUAGUCGCUAACGAAUCUGUACCUUGAACUUAACUAUUUGUCUUGUGGUUUUCCUUGUUUGACGAGAUGACUUUAAUGCUGUGUUUAAUACUUUUUGUCGCUCCACUAUCACAAUGCCAACAAGUUCCCGACCAACAAAUACUCCAAAAUGUAUUCGGGACCCCAGCGGGUUACGUUGCCCCUCUCCCCGCAGUCCAGCCGGGCAAGCCGACCACACUGGGGACCAGUGAAUCCACGCUGGUGGACCAUGACUAUUGGGACUCCGACGAUUAUUAUGUGCCGUCAGCGGCUGACUACGACUCGUUUGAUUGGACUGUUACUAAGCGCAUAGCGACAUAUUCAGAGGAGAAUUUCCUACUUUCGCCUUUAGGCUUGAAACUAGCGCUGGCCAUUUUAACUGAAGCAGCAACAGGCCCCACUCAAGCCCAGUUGGCCUCGGUCCUAGGCUUUGACGUCAAUAGAACCGUCGUUCGGACUAAAUUCUCCUCCAUCAUAUCUUCUCUCCAGCUAACAAAUCCAAACUACACCCUAAACGUUGGCAGUAGAAUCUACGUAGACAGCUCAGUGUCUGAGAGACAGCGGUUCUCCUCGAUUGCUGAGGACUUCUACAAAACUGAGCUGAAGAAGGUGGACUUCCGUUACCCCGCCGAAACUGCGGCCCAAAUCAACGGAUGGGUUUCUAAUCUCACUCAUGGGAAUAUACCUAAUCUAAUCGAUGAAGACGAGGUGAAAGGCAGUAUAGUCCUGGUCCUUACGACCCUGUUCUUCAAGGGCACCUGGAAGCACCAGUUCAACCCGAACACCACCAAAACCAGGGGUUUCUACGUGACACCGACUAUACAAAAACAAGUGCCCUUCAUGAAUGUAAAGGAAAAGUUUUACUAUGCAGAGUCCGCGAAGUACGACGCAAAGAUUUUGAGGAUGCCAUAUUUGGGUAAAAAGUUCUCCAUGUACAUAGUAGUGCCGAACUCCCUGAAGGGCCUCCCCCGCGUAAUGGACUCGCUGAGCGACCUGCGCACGGAGAUGCUGUACCUCGCCGAGCGCACGGUCGACGUCACGCUGCCAAAAUUCAAGUUCGACUUCACCUCCAUUUUGGACGGAGUCUUGAAAGACUUGGGCAUUCGGCAAGCGUUUGAAGACACGGCGUCCUUCCCCGGCCUGGCCAGAGGGCAGUCCCCGCAGAACCGACUGAAGAUCUCCAAGGUCCUGCAGCGCUCCGGCAUCGAAGUCAACGAGCUGGGAAGCGUUGCUUACUCUGUUACAGAGGUAUCGCUGGUAAACAAGUUUGGCGAGGACGAAUACAGCUCCGUAGAGGUGAUCGCCAACCGACCAUUCCUGUUCUUCAUAGAAGACGAAGCUACGAAGCAACUGCUGUUCACUGGUCGGGUGUCGGACCCUCUCGCGACCACCGCGGAGUUCAAAGCGCACACGAACAGCGCGUAACUUACAGUUUAUGUAUACCUAAGUGAAAACAUUUUAACCUUGUUCAGAAUCGAAAUAAAUCUGGCGUGUUUCCUUCUUAAAAUGUCCCUCCUUAUGUCGGUUGGGCAUUUUUUAAGUACUGGACUGUAAGAACAGUUGAUGUGAUGAGAUAUGAAACAGCAGUUUCCAUGUGUAAUUCACAUAUUUACUCAUCAAUAGAAGCAUUAGAAACUAAUAUUACACAAGUGAAACAAACUAUGUCAUGAUGCGUAUGUAACUGACAGUUUCAUGUGAUUAAGGCAUUUUUUAUAAAAUAAAUUAAAUGUUGACUAAGUUAAGAUUUAUCACACAUA